UCCAGGCUCCUCCCUCCGGCUCAGGCAGCGCCGGGACCCGGGGAAGAAGACCCGGGCAGGAGACUACACAGGCCGGAAAGUCCGGAGAGCGCGCAGCGCCCCUGGCCCGCCCGGGCUCCGGGCUCCGAGUCCGGCGUCGCCGACCUGGCGGAGACGGUGCACCGGACGGCGGGCCGGAGCGGUGCCUGCCGGCCGGCGGGAUGCGGCCGGGCCGCGGCCUGAGCGCCCCCGAUGGCCCGCGGCGGGGCGGACUGCGGGAGCGACGCGCGGCUGCUGCUGGGCCGGGACGCGGUGCAGCCGGUGCCCGCGCUGCUGGCCCCCGCCGUGCUGCUGGGCGCCGCGCUCGGCCUCGGCCUCGGCCUCGGCGUCUGGCUUGGCUGCCGCGCCGCGCGCCCGCGGCCCCGACACCAGGUAGACGACGUGCAGAGUCUGCUCAAGAAUUUGGAGUCUAGAGCACAGACCCCGUCCGAAGCCGGCUCCCCGCCCAGGAGGAGGAAGAGUGGGGCGCGGACCUCAAAGGAUGCAGAGGCUCUGGACGAACGCGAGCCGUCCUUCAACAGCAACGUCACAGCAUUCGCACUGAAGGCGAAAGUGGUCUAUCCCAUCAACCAGAAGUUCCGGCCUCUGGCCGACGGCUCCUCCAACCCGUCUCUGCAUGAAAACUUAAAGCAGGUAGUUCUUCCCAACCAGCCGGUGGAGGCGUCGCCUUGCAGCAGCCUGGGGAGCCUGAGCCAGGCCGAGAAGGACGAGUGCAGCUCCUCGUCCAGCAUCCACUCGGCCGCCAGUGACGACAGGUUCCUCCGCCGCACCUUCCUCCGCGUCCACAGCUUCCCCGAGGCCCUGACCUGCGAGAGUGCCGACCUUGACCUUUGCAUCUAUCACCUCCACUUAAAAGACCUGCUCCAGCUGGACGCGGCGCUGAGGCAGGACGAGCGCUUGAUGUUUAUUCAGAUUUUUAAAAUGUGCCUCCUUGACCUCCUUCCAAGAAAGAAGCCUGAUGACGAAUUCUACCAGAAGAUUCUUUCAAAACAGGAAAAUGAUUUGGAGGAAUUAGAAAAGGGACUUCGGGCCAGACUGUCAGACACGGAGACGCUGGGCGCCGGCGACUCCCAGUACAUCGCGCUGGCGGACGUGGAGAAGAAGGAGAGGGAGAACGCCGAGCAGCUGAUCGAUAACAUGGACGCCUUCUGGAGGCAGAUGGAGAGCAUCCCGCACCACCUCGUGGACCAGUUCAAGUGUCCCAGCGCCAGAGCACGCCAGCUCGGGGCGGCCCUCACGACCAGGAUGAUCGCCGUGGAGGGGCUGCUGCGGGACUCCCAGGACCUGCAGGCGCUGGACCUCCUGGAGAGAACGAUGGGCCGCGUGCACAUGGCAAAGACGAUCGAGUUCCUGAGGCUGCAGAUCCAGGAGGAGACCAGGUGCCGGCUGGCCGCCAUCUCCCGCAGCCUGGACCUGCUGGUCGCCCAGGGCCGGCUGUCCGCGCGGCAGAAGGAGGAGCUGCUGACCCAGCAGCACAAGGCCUUCUGGGAGGAGGCCGAGCGCUUCAGCAGGGAGUUUGUGCAGCGAGGCCAAGAGCUGGUCCAGGCGUCGCGGGCUCGCCAGGCGGAGGGCACAGCGCAGCUCACGCGGGCCCAGGAGGAGGAACGGAGGGCCUUCCUGGCGGAGGCGCAGCUGACGGCCAACCCCGAGGAGCUCCUCCAGGCUUUUCACGGGGUCCUGGAGCGGCAGAGGGUGACGUGCAGUGACCUGGAGCAAGAGGAGAACUUCAGGGCCACCGAGGCCGUGGCGGCGCUCUGCCAGGAGCUGUACCACAGCACCAUGGGAACCUUCCAGACGCUUGUGGACGUCCUGUUCCUGCAGACGCUGCCCGAUGUGACAGGCCUCUCGCGGGCUGAGUGCGACUCCGUGAGGCGGGAGGCCCAGGAGGACGCCGCCCUGCAGCUGGGGAACGCGGAUCGCUUCCGCCGACAGCAGUGGAGGCUGUCCCAGGACCUCCUGGAGCGCGAGCAGCAGGUGUGGAUGGAGGAGCACGCCCUGUCCACUGUGCUGCAGACACACCUGCGGGACGACCACGAGAACGCCAUCCGCUGCGUGCUGGGCCGGCUCGGGGGCCUCAGUGAAGAGUCUGCACGGUGCCUCCUGCAGGGGCACGAGCUGCUCCUGCGCUCCGCCCUCCGGAGGCUGGCUCUCCGUGGCCACGCCGUGGCCGCGCUGGCGCAGAUGCGGCUGUCGGGGAAGAAGCGCCUGCUGCAGGAGCUGCGCGAGCAGCACGCCCUGGAGCAGGGCUCCUCCCAGUGCCUGGACGAGCAUCAGUGGCAGCUGCUCGGAGCCCUGGAGGCCCGGGUGCUGGAGGAGACCUGCCGGCUGGAGGAGGAGGCGCAGCUCACGCGGCUGCAGCUGCAGCAGCAGCUCCUGGCAGAGGCGCAGGAGGUGGGCCGGCUCCUGCAGCAGCACGCGGAGCGGGCUGUGGGGCAGGCGCUGCUGGGGCACGCGCGGACCGCCGCCACCAGGAGCCGGACCAAGGACCGGGAGGACUUCAAGAGGACGCUGCUGGAGGCGGCCGUGGAGAGCGUGUACGUGACCAGUGCGGGCGUCGGUCGGCUGGUGCAGGCGUACGACCAGCAGGUUGGGAGGGCCAUGCGGGACCACGCGGAGCGCAGGCUGGAGCACCUGGAGACCCUGCAGGGUGAGAGAAGGGACAGUUACAAGCUGCGGAAAAAGCAGGGACUCGGCGACCCUCCGGAGGGCAAGGAGGCGGGUGGAACUCAUGAAGCACCCCAAGGCGUCCACCAGAGACAUCACCUGCUGCUCAGCCACUCUGCCGCUGCAGGAUCCCAGGGACACCUGCCCUUCUGGGCUUCUCCUGUCCCCAACUUUUCUGACCUCUGUCCGGCUGAUGUCACCAAGCCACUCAGUACAAAUGUGCCCGAGAGAUUCCGUAACCCCCAGAGGGAAUCGCUGUCGUGGAUGCGGGCGCAGCAGAAACGGUUCCUGGCCCAGUUCACGGCCCACCAGCGCACCCGCCUGGACACGUGGCAGCAGAGGGCGCGGGGCCUGGACCUCCUGGAAGCCCAGCUGGAGACGCAGCUGCAGGAAGCAGAGCAGAGCUUCAUCGCCGAGCUGGCGGCCUUGGCCCGGGUGCCCCUUGCCGAAAGCAAACCGUCUUCGAGUAAGCGGGGCCUGCCAGAGAAGCCCCUAAGGACCAAACGGAAGAAGCCGGCGCUCCGGGACCGAGGGGACCUGGGGGGGCCCAGCAACGACGAGCCUGCCUCCGGGGAGCACCCCUCAGGAUCGCUCAGCCCAAGGCCCAGCCAGCAGGAGGGCGACGCUGGUGCCGGGGAGGACCCCAGGAAGCUGCUGAAGAGAAGGAGCAACUUGUAGUCUAAGGCCUGUCCGUGGGGCGGAACCUGAGACCCUGUUGCUCGGACAAUGAGACGCCCAGGGCUGGACGCCGCCUGCGAGUGUGUGUCUCUGUGGCUCCGUCCUCCGUGCUGUGCCUCCCACCCAGGGUCCUGCUGCCGGCACCUGCCUGCCCGGCGUGAGGCUCUCCCUCGCGCCCUGGCCCUCUCUCCCUCGCGCCCUGGCCCUCUCUCCCUGGGAGGCUCUGUGGGAGGUCGGACGUGGCUGCUGUUUCCUGGGAGGAGGCUUUCUCCUCCACAUCCGUCGCCGACUCUCUCUGUCCCGGGAACCGUGGCCACCGGCUGCCACGGGGAGCUCACCUGGACCCACUCCCGCCCUGGCUCAGCCAGAAGCAAAGGCCUGGUCACCGAGGGUCUGAGUCUCAGGGUCCCUGGACCCCGACACAGAGGUGCAGACUGCACCCCUCCCUAGGAGGAGUGUCCGCCCAGGGGGCACCGCUUCCCCAGUGGACGGUGAGAAGGCCCGAGGCUUCCAGACCGGCCCACAUCCACCCACCAGGAGAGGUCUUCCCACGAGAAAGGAAACGGCUCUUCUCGGCCAAAUCCUGGAUUUCGACCUCUGCACGUGGUCGUGUUGGGUGAGACCAUUCUUGGGGGGCCGCCCUGGGCAUUACGGGGUGUUUGGCAGUGUCUGGCCUCUCCCCACCAGAUGCCAGGAGCAUCCCCCGUGUGACAACCAAAAACGUUGCAGACACUUCCAGAUGCCCCGGGCGCAUCCCCGUGACCUGAGGCCACUGGGUGGAGAGCUCAGUGCUGCCACGAAUCCCCGGAAUAAGGAGGGCUCUGGGCUCUGGACGCCAUGUCUCGGGGAUAUUCUAGAUCGUUUAUGACCCGAGUGUUUAUUUCUUAAAACCAGAACUAGACUCUCAGGCAGGAGGGUGGCUCCUUAAAGAAGUGACCCACACCAAUGACGGGGUUUAACCAUCCUCAGAGCAUCCGCCUGUCCCGACGGGUCAGCAGACAGACGGGAUUCCCCAAGCCGGCCAACAGCGCCCUCUUGUGGCCAAAGCGCCCCCUUAUUCUGCAGCGUCUGGAACACAGCUCCUUGGAGCAGACUUAGAACCUGGUUCACAGAGAAAUCAUUUCUUUUCGUCCUGUGGGUCCCGCACCGAGGCCUUCGGGCAGCAGGCUCCAAGCCGGGACAUCUGAUUGGGUGACGGGGUCAGGGUAGAGGCCGCUUGCUGGCGGCCUCACCCCCACCCUCUUGCACUGACAACCGUUUCACUCCCUCAGUGCCGCUUCCUUAGCCCGAGCGGGAGGGGGUGUCACAGGUCCCCCGCCUGACCCCCAGCUGCUGCACGGGCAGCUCGGGCACGGAGCUCUGAGAAAGCGUCAAUGACGACACCCCAGGCAGGCCAGGGGCCGUUCCUUUUAUUUUCCACAAGCUUUGAAUUCAGAAAUAAGAGCCACGAUAAGUCGGUUAUUAAGUAAAAAUGGGGGUGAUUACAAAGGAAAACUCUGUACAAAACGUUAAAAAUCUGGCUGCCCCAUCAGCCUCCUCAGAGGGACGAGGGCACGGGCAGCCGGAAGCAGCAUCCCCCACGGUCGUCGGCCCUGCAUGGGGACGAGGGACCCCGUUCUGAGGGUGAGUCCGGCGCGGCCCGACGCCCAGAGCUGGCUGGGAGGACAGACACGCUGACCGAAGGCGUCAGGGCCAGGGACACGCGCCACGGAGGCCGGGACACGGGACGUGGAUGGCAGACGUUGCUCAAAGCUCCCCGCCUUCCGAGAGCUCACAGGUCCCGGGGGUCGGGGGGUGCGGGCUCCUCUUGUGCCCACUGAGGUGGGGGCGAUGAGUAAACACCUUCGCGUGGAGGUUGGGACCCUGAGGGCCCGAGGCCGGACCUUGUGUCCGGUUGGUCCUCGUGUGCCGUCAGACGCUCGCACAGACUUGCAUACGUAACUUAGCAACAUGCAUCAACUACCCUAGAACAGCUACGAGGGUGCAAGGGAACCACUCGGGGACCGUGAGCCGGGACAGAGGUGGGAGGGGCGGUACAGACGGCUGGACACACACCUGCGGGGCGAGGGAUUUCCAAGCAAACAGACCACACUAGUACCACGGCUUCCUAAACGUCAGCAAAAGGAAAGAGCAUCAUCCGAUGUGUCCCCCGUCAGGACCAAAUGAAACACCGGGCUUGGAACACACCCACGGGGGAAGGAAUGGACAUGAUUUUCCCAGAAUCCUCCACUCCAGCGCAUCCGCUCCUCUGUGGUCAACCGAGGCUGGUGAUGUUGCAGCGGCCACCAGGGGGCGCCACGAUGCGGUGGCCCGUGCGCCUGGGGUUGUUGUCAUCUGUCUGGGCACCUGAAAGAGACCGCCGGUCACUUCUGUCACCAGCGCCACUCGCUGCCCCUGAGGGCUGGGUGCCCCCCACGUCCCCUCCCCAUUGUGUGCCGGAUCACAGGAGCGCGGGCCCGGCCCUUACCAGACAGGCUGAAGUUGGACUGGUGCAGGUUCCUGAAGGGCGGAGGCUGGUGUUUGGAAGGCGAGGAUUUGGCAGAAGGAGCGGGAGUUGCAUAUUUGGGCGUAGCUGGCACCUCGUACACGGGACCGUCGUACAUGCCCCUGGGGACCCCUUGCAAUCCAGAGACCUAAACGGGGAGGGGGAGCGCGACUGAUGGGCAAGGUGCACGCACACCUUCCUGUUCACAGGCCUGUGGGCGGGACAGUGGCCUGAGGUCGCCUCGGGACAUGCGCACACACACACAUACACACUACAAGGUGCCUGCUCACUCCACACACACAUGUGCACACCCCUCUACAGUCGGCAAAGCCCUGGGACCUCCUGGUCGGUGGUGACUCCAGCCUGAGGUGCAGGCAGGACUGUGCCAGAGCUCCACUGACACACGAGCUCAGGGAGGCCCCUCGGCUGUGACGCCCGCUGGCGCCGCACACGGGGACCUGGGCACGCACCUUGCUCCUGAUCCUGACGCGCUGGUAGAGGUGCUCGGGGAAAGGCUUCCGGGGGAUGAAGCGGCCCAUGCCCUUGCUGACGCUGAUGGUGCCGUCCUCGAAGACGAUCUUGCCCUGGCUGAUGACCACCAGCGGGGAGCCGUGGCACUCCAUGCCCUCGAAGAUGUUGUACUCCACGGCCUGCCGGCGAGAACCACACUGUGCCUCACGGCUUCUGCACGGCCCCAUGGUCCCCCACAGUGAUUCCACGCCCCCUCAGAUCACAAGCACUUCCCCGGUUCUUCUGGAGACACUUUUUUCAAGGCUGUGUAAUAUUCCACUGUGUGCUCCUCCAUUUGCAUGACCAACC